AUGACCCGUCGAGAAGCCUUUUGCAGACACUGGAUCGUGGUCUGGGGCCCCGCGCAGGAUGUCGCAUCCGACCGCGUCAUGGCCACCGUGCUCGACGCCGAGAAGCCUGAUUUCGUGGUGUACCUCGGCGACCUCGUGACAGCCAACAACGUGCCGAUCCCCAACGCCACCCUGUACUGGGACAUGGCGAUUUCUCAUUCCCGGCGCAGGGGCAUCCCGUGGUCCACCGUGUUCGGCAACCACGACGACAUGCCCUUCGAGUGGCCGCCUGAGUGGUUCUCCACGGCCGGCAUCCCGCCGGUGCACUGCCCGCCUGCGGCGUCCAUGCCAACCUCAGGUAACCGAACAUUCCAAAUCCCGCUGAAUUCUGUGUUCAACCAGUCCGUAAGUAGGGUGUGUGCCGGGAAUGGUUCAGAGUGCAGCUUCAGAGGGACGCCGCGGAUCGACCUGAUGACGGCUGAAAUGAACCGCGACGGUGCCGACGGGUUAUCGCGCUCGUCGGUCGGCCCCCAGGAGCUCUGGCCCGGCAUCUCCAACUACGUGCUGCGGGUGCUCUCGCAUGAGAAGCAACCAGACCCUGCUCUGCUCAUGUAUUUCCUCGACUCCGGCGGUGGAUCGUACCCGGAAGUCAUAUCCUCUGCACAGGUCCGGUGGUUCUGCUACCAGUCUCAGUCCCUCAAUCCAGAUGGCAGGAUUCCAGAGAUCAUCUUCUGGCACAUACCGAGCACAGCAUACGUCAAGGUGGCUCCAAAGGCCAAGACUGAGAUAACAAAGCCCUGCGUUGGCUCCCUGAAUGAGGAAGAUGUGGCGCCACAGGUAGCCGAAUGGGGCAUGAUGGACGCUCUUGCCAAGAGAUCUUCAGUUAAGGCGAUCUUCGUGGGGCACAACCACGGGCUGGACUGGUGCUGCCCGUACGAGAAACUGUGGUUGUGUUUCGCGCGGCACACGGGUCACGGCGGAUAUGGUGACUGGCCAAGAGGGGCAAGGAUCGUUGAGAUUGCCGAGAAGCCUUUCUCUGUCCGCUCCUGGAUACGGAUGGAGAACGGGAGCACGCACAGCCAUAUUACAUUGUCUUGA